GGCGGGCGCUGCGCGCCGGCCUAGAGCCGGAGACCCGCCAGGGGGGCGCCGAACGCCGCUGCCCGCCGUUCACCCUCCAGCCGCGCUGGGCCCCCGGCGGCUCCGCACGGCACCGGGAGGCGCGAGGGCGCACCAUGCCCGCAGACGCUCCGGGGAAGCCGAGCGCCUCGCCGCUGGCAGGAGCGCCGGCCGGCGCCAGCCAGAUCCCAGACAAGCCCCGGAGUGCGGCUGAGCACCGCAAGUCCUCCAAGCCGGUCAUGGAGAAGCGGCGCCGAGCGCGCAUUAAUGAGAGCCUCGCUCAGCUCAAGAUCCUCAUCCUGGACGCCCUCAGAAAAGAAAGCUCCCGCCAUUCGAAGCUGGAGAAGGCGGACAUCCUGGAGAUGACUGUGAGACAUUUGCAGAACCUGCGUCGCGUGCAGGUGACAGCCGCGCUCAGCGCCGACCCCGCGGUCCUGGGCAAGUACCGCGCCGGCUUCAACGAAUGCCUGGCCGAGGUGAGCCGCUUCCUGGCCGGCUGCGAGGGUGUCCCGGCCGACGUGCGCUCUCGCCUGCUUGGCCACCUGGCGGCCUGCCUACGCCAGCUGGGGCCCUCCCGUCGCCCGGCCUCUAUGCCCCCGACGGUCCCCGCCAUGGAAACUGGGACGCCCGAGGUCUACGCCGGCCGCGCGCUGCUGCCCGCACUCGACUGCCCGUUCCCCCUGCUGCGCCCGCCAGGUCUGACCCGGGCGCUCCCCGCCGACCCCAGGGCGGGGCCCUGGAGACCUUGGCUGAGAUGACUGCAGGGGAAGCCGCGCCCAGUCCUAGGCCGUGGCCUUUGCCGAGACUGUGCCAGAGAACACUGUUUCUAGAGGUUGUGUCAA